UUCCCAACAAAAGGAUUAUAUCUUCCAAGAUUUAGUCGAAGAAGAAAUUGCUUUCCGAGGAAAAGAUAUCGAAGAAGAUAAAUAUAAUCUUUUAAAAAUCAGCAACACCAUUUCCCUAACUGGAUUUUCUGGUUUGGAAGGCUGGGCUGAUAACCCUCUUGAUUCUUUUGAUAAGAUGUUCCGGGUGGAUUGUAAUACAGUCUUUUCCUCUAUAGUUACACCUCUCGGGACAUCAAAGAUAUGA